UGCAUAUCCGCCUGUGUGACGUCAUGGACUGUGUAUGGUCGUUCAACUAGGAUAAGUUAGCAGGUGCCCGUGUUAUUAAUGUCAUAGGAGCUUCAGAUUAUUUUGUCAUCUUCCAUAGAUCACAAACUUUGUUUUAAUGCAGAUGUUGCCUGUUGGUGAGUGACUAGUUCAUCAGUGGAUGUAAACUCAAGUGGUCUCGGAGCAGUAAUCACAAUGUCUGGCGGAGAGGAGGAUCAUGCAGGAAGUUCUGAGUCCGACAUCAUGGCAGAACCCGGAGCUGGGUUUGAUGCUAAAGGCUUCGGGCUGAGGGCCCAGAAGAAACUACUAGGAAAGAUGUCCAGCAAGAAGAUUGUCAAACAAUUUGUUGACGAUACUACAAGUCAAGUUUUAGACAAUGCUUAUAGGAUAAUGAAAGACUUCACUGGUGACAAGAAACAAGCAGAAAAGUUGCUUAAGUACAUCAUAAAAACCAUCAUCAAGGUGGGCAUCCUAUACAGAAAUGAUCAGUUCAACGCUGAUGAACUGCAGGUGGCCGAAUCCUUCAAAAGCAAGUUUCACUCUCUAUCAAUGACAGUUGUUAGCUUUCAUGAAGUGGAUUUUACCUACGAGAAACCAUUCCUGAAAUCCAGCAUUGAAGAAUGUCGGCAACUUCUACAAAGUCUCAUACAACGCCACCUCACAGACAAAUCAAAAGGUCGCGUGGAUACAGUGUUUAACUUCUUCACAAAAGACGAAUUAAUGGAUGCUUUGUUUAAUCCCUCAGGGCCCCAUAAGAAGGAGAUGGACUCAAUAACUGCUGAUAUGCAUAAGAUGAUGGACGAAGGCAAUCUUUAACCAUUUGUUUUCUUAGAGAUUAGGCUGUGUUUGAAUGAGACUGUGCAGCAAUUAUAAAUGCAAUGUAAUAAAUCCUUUAUAUGUAAUCAUGUAAAAAAAGGUAUAUAGUACAUAUAUAUAUAAGAUUUAAGAGAAAAGUUUUACAGUAUUACAUUUAUCCAUAUGUUCAGUUUAUUACCAGACCUUUUAUCAACAAGUGUGUUAUGGAAAAUUGAUCUUUUUUUUUGUUUUUGUUGCAAUAUCCUGUUUUCUGUAGAGAGGUUUUGUUCAUGUAUGCUGGUAUGAAUCUGUCUGAGUUGAAAUAUCUGUAUUAGGUUUUACUUUUUAUACAAGUCAAUUUUUUGGAGCAAUGAAUAACAACACUUUUUUUUGUAAUACUUCAGGAGGGUAUAUUGAAUGGAAUUAAUCAUAAAGAGUGAAGAAAACAAAAAUAUCUUAAAAUUUUGUUUAGAAAAGGAGGGUUAAUAUCUGAUGAAUAUUUCUGAAAAAUCUGCUAUAUGUCCUGAUUUGUUCACGCUCAACCAAACUUUUUUUACCAUGAAUAAACACAGAGUGUAUAGGUACAGAGGCACUAUUAAUAUGAACAAUUUAUACAUAUAUAAAUUAGGGUGAGGGUGGGUGGGUGAUAAGAAGCUUUUGAAUGGUAUUUACUUGUUAAACUAAUGAAAAGGUGUGUUACAUAAUAAAAUACCAGUUGAAUUAUCAAGUGCAAGCUUUAAACUAACUAUAAACCAAUGAAAAUGAAUUUCCGGAAUAAGUAUUAAAAACAUGUUCUAUCGACGCACAUGAUACCAACUGGAAUGAAUUCAUAAUAUUCCAUGUUAAUGUAAACAAAACUGUUUUGGAUUUUUAAUGCAAUGUGAUAUAGUUCAGUGUACUACAAAGAAAACCACACUAAAAACAAAUUUGAUUUCAUCGGAAUGUUAUCUUGUAAGAUUCAUCCAUCCUUUGUCUGGAAUUUACAGCAUUUAUAAAGUCAAACUAAUUCUAUUGAUAUUUACUGUAAAUGUGAUUAAGAGUUUAAAAACCUGUUAAACAUAUUUUGUUGAAUGUUUUUAAAAACAUGACUCGUUUUAUGAACCAUAUGAAAUCUUUUUGGAUGAUAUUGCCCUUGUUUUGUGCACUGAUAUACUGUGAAAAGAAUGACCAUUGUGCCCCUAUAAGGCCCCUGUGAAAUAUUUUCCCAUUGUCUCUGAAUAUAAGGGUCCCUUUUAUUGUUUUAUCAGAUUGUCCAAGUCAACAAGUGCGGUAUAUCUUCAAAACCAUUAAAAAAUUGAAAUAUAUUUAUUCAAUGAAAAUGACCAAUGUCAUUAUUCCAUAGGAUUUGUGCACACCAGAUUGACAAAAUCUGGAAAAUGGCCAGAAUUUUCUUUUUUACAUCUUGGCUAGAGUGAUGGGAUUUUCAUAGAAAAGAAUUCAUAUAGUGAAUGUCGAAAGAUUCUACCCCUUUUAUAAAUUUCAACAGAAAAUUGGAAGAAUAUGGUAUUUUAAGCAUUAGUCAGAUGUCAUCUUGAAUAUUAAUUUACUGAUUUUUUCCAUCAAGUUUUACUUAAUAAUAACUGUUACUCUUCAUUUCAAUUAAUGUUGCUUUGUAUUGCUUGCUCUUGAGACUCUUAGAACAUUGUAGUAUAAGCAUGCGUUUUUGUUGUAUGUCUGAUUUCAAAGCCUCAGAAUAAUGAAAGCAAGAGUAAAUUAAUUUGGUUUACAUUCCAUUGAUAUUUUUUUCAUGUUAGAAUAGGAGAUUCAAGUAUCACAAUGAGUUGUGUUCAUUACAUUGUAUAAUGCAUGAUAUGGUGCCGUACUUGUCAAAACUAGUGCUUUUUUAAAAGAUGUUAUUCAUUAAGGUUUUUAUAUUACAUUUAAAAUAUUACAUUGAUAAUCUAUUCAUCUCUAUGAACUAUUAGUUUUACAGGGUACAACAUCUUCCUAUUUUUUUCUUUGCACAAUAUAUUUCUGUUAUGUGUACACACAUGUAAGUAACCUAAGCAACUUUUCUCAUUAAAUGAAGAUGUUAGAUGAGGUACGUAACUUAAUUUCCACUUGUAUGUUUAAAUUUUGUUAAAACUGUCUUCCAGCUGAUUUUGAACAUGAGAAAAAUAAUACACAAAAAGGCAUGCAAACAGAAACAGAACAGCCCAUUGUAGGAAGAGGAAGCUAUAGUGUGAUGACUAUUUUUGUAAUUGUCUAUUUUUAUAUAAAUAUGACUAGUCAUGGGCAAAUUUCUGCUCUAUUUUUGUUAUCCAUUUGAUAUAGUUUAUAAAGGAGGAAUUAUAUUUCUACAAAUUCUUAUUGUGGCAAACAUUCAGUUUAAAGCUGGAAGUGUGAUAUCAUAAACAUUAUAAACAUGUAUAGUUAGAAAACAAUAAGGGCAUGUUAUGGAAGAGUUUGUUAAUUAUCACAAUUUUUAGCAUCUGUAUGAAAUAAUAUUUUUUUUAAAAUUCUGAUUGCUUGUAGAAAUGCAAUUUAAUAAGAAUUUAAUUUAGACUACAGUUACAUUUUUGGAUUACUUAUAGUAAUUAAAAUAUUGGCAUAUACCAUAAGAGUGUCUAAAUAAUAAUUUAUCAUAAGAGCUGUAAUUUAUCCAAACAGGUUCGUCAUUUGAUAAGAAAUUUGGCUCUUGAUAGUUUGAUGUGUGUAUAAAAUCUAUUUCACAAAUUGGCAAUUUAUAAAUUAUGCUUUUAGUAAAUGUGAUAUUCCUUUGUUCAAAUGCUUAUAUUUAUAUACUUUACUCAGUACCUUAAGUCAGGCACUUGAUGGAUGGAUGGUAUAACCCCCCCCCUCCCCCCAGCUUCUAAGAAAUUUUAUCAGACUUUUUAAAAUUACAUUAAUUCCUAGUCAAUCAGACCUGUAUUUCGAUAUGUUAUACCGUUUUCCUCUUUAGUUUUGAAGAUUCGCCCUUUAUGGUAUAUAAAAAUACUAUGUAUUAACGUAAAUUUAAUGACCAAUCUUUGAAACUUGCAUGUAUUGGUGGAACGUACUUCAUACCAAUCUUACACAGAUCUGCAUUUUGGGGGGGGGGGGUGGUGUGUCUGUGUGUGUUUUUUUUUGGGGGGGGGCAUUUUUUGUUGGUUUAGUAUAUAAAUUUAAUAGCUCUGCAAAUUCCAGGGGGGAACCCACUCUAGAUAUGCGCAUGCUGGGGUUGGGGUGUAUACAUGUGCCACUCAUUUGUCAGAUGCCUGUGCUUCUAAUAAUAUUUUCAAGUCAUGCACCCAUGCUUUCCUUUUGCCAAAAUUACUUUUUAUAUCCUGCUAAAUAUUGAUGCCUUCUACAUGUAUUUAUUAACAAAUUUAUAACCCUAUAUUCUUUAUCUUCAUUUGUAAAAGAAACAUUUUUAUUUCAUUCAGUUGGAAUAAAUUCAAUCUAUUUAAGAACAUUUUUCAUGUUUUACUUUACAAUGCCAAUAUAUUUGUGUGGUGAAGAAUGUUUGUAAAAAAGUCUCUAAGAGAAAUAAACCUUGUAUAUCAUCUAUAGAUAAGCAGUGAAUUCCAGCUUGUCAGUAUUCUCUAUGUUAAAUGACACAAAACUUAUUUCCAAGUCCUGAGUGAAAAGUUCAAAACUGAGAUAUUUUUCUCCAUGUUCAAUGUACAUGGAAUAUACAGUGAACUGUAUGAAUUUAUUUUUUAUAAUCACAGAACUUCCAAGUGAAAAGCAGAUUGUUACGAGAAAUGAAGAAUUUAAUGAACAAAACUGUAAAUAAAGUAUUUUGCUUUCUAA